CCCGUUGGUGUUGGAAGAGAUAGAGAAGGGAAACGAAAAACGCACAGGAAAAUCUUCGUACCUUCUCGCUCUACAUUAUCGUCUCCAAUUCGUCGGGAACCUCGUGAGUGUUGAUCGUUUUCGAAAAGCUUGCCUGAAAGGAAAGUGACUUUAAGGUACGGGGGACAGUUGAACAGUCAUUCACACCGCAUGUGCCGUUUUUAAUAUUUUUCGUUUUGAUAAUGAACCCAACUCUAGCAGUGUCUAUUUUUUCGGAAUCCGAGAUACGGAUUCCGCAUUUUUGGGAAAACCCGAGAAUUGUUGGAAGAGAACUCACAAAACAUCCUGGAAAGGCGAGGAAAAAAACCUUGUCCUCUCCCCUCUUUCCGAGCGCUACGUGGGACCGCAGGAACGCCACGGAACACUGACUUGUGUGUCGGGGAGGUCUUCGUAGCGCUCCAGGGGAUAAAAUUAUCAACAAAUCGUAUUCAUUAAAAAACAACGUCAACGAACAAAACAACAUCGCUUUUGUCCAUCGUCGGCGCCGAUCAGCGGAUACCCAACUACUCACGAUGUCAACGCCAUUCUUCUGCGUCAAGAACAGGCUGCAGCUCCGGGUAGUCGUUGCGUUCUUCGUCUCCCUGAAUUUUUCCGUCUUCGCGGAGGAGCAGUUAGCGGUUGGGCAGCAAGAACAGCAGCAGCAGCCGCAAUUGCAGAACGGAAUAAACAAGGAAGACGCAGACUCUGCCGCCCCGGUGGGCCUCAGCGAGGAGUUUCUCCAACUGGAUCUGAGACCGCGGAAGUUCUAUUUUGCUGGAGACAAACCAGGUACUUACAAGAAAUCGUAGAAGUUGAUGAAGUGAGAAAAUGAAAAUGAGUUCUUCUCCUUUUUCUGCUGUCCUCAUGCGCCACCUACUUUUAUUUAGUUCACGAAAUAAGAAAAGAAAAACAAAAAUCGCAAUACAGAAGCCGGACCGAAGGGCGACGAAGAGGAAGAAGUUUCUCGCCGCCGGGUUGUCACUGCCGACGGGGAGCAGUUGGAUGAAAAGACGAGCGCGGGCGUCGCGAAGCAGCACGAGAACGCGGAAGAGCAAGAUGGUGAUGUCGAUAUCCCAAUCAAAAAGGCAAGCCUCGUGUCUCAACAACUCUGCGUUUUUUUCUACGGUGAUUCUAGAAGUACUAUAAGUAUUUCAUCAAGAUCAAGACUAUGGUUGAUGCAUGACGAGAACAAAUAUCGUGAUUGCGGGGCGGGUAGGGUUUGUCUUCUGGGAUAUCGCACCAGGAACUCGACGUCGAAGCAGCCGAGGUACAACAGCGAGACGAUAUUGUGAGGAAAAAUCUCUCCUCCUCAUAUCAAGACGAAGUUUCUGAGGCUGGAGUUCCGUAGACAAAUCAGAUCUGUCUUGCGGAAAGUGCUUGGCGGCAUUCUUUACGCCUGUUUGGGUAUGCAGAAGGCUAGUGCUUAGGUAUGUUGGCAAACAGGUUUGCAGUAGUCAAAAGCGCGUGACAGACUGGCUUUGGAAUGCGCCAUAUUGCUCCCAUUAUCCAAUAGGCGAGAAAAAGGCGAAAUGUGACCACAGACCAGGAUCACAAAUUUCCAUUCUGAUAUGCGGAAAGGGGAUUUUUCCUCACAAUAGACGAGGACGCCGGUCCCGAGCGAGGUGACAGUUAUCUGGCUAAGGCGGAUGGAGGAAAUGGUCUAUGGGCGCGAGCAAGAAGCCAGAUGGCGAGAUUUUUGCCUGGGCGUUCCCGCACCACACGUGUGGAAGAACUUUCACUGCUAGGCGGACAAGAUGAUGAUCACCAUGCGAAGUCGGACCCGUCAUUCCACGAUGUCGUGGCCGCAGGUGGAACUGGAUCGUCAGGUACUGAAUUAUUUUAUGCAAAGCGAUGUAGUUGCGCAUCCGCAUGCAAAGACAAAGUGUUGCGCAAGUAUGAUGGAGAACGUAACGAAAGCGAAAUCCUAGAGAUGGUUCUAAACAUAUUUUAUCGCUCGCGCCAGAUACCACACAUAGCGGCUCCGGUUCGCCUAGCAGCGCCUCCGCCAAUUCCGCGCCUGGCCUACGACUGCCGGGGGCGGCGUUUAACUCGCCGUAUGAAGGACGUGACAACGCCGGUGAGAGCGGGACUCCAACAGCCAUGCGUGAUGGAAUGACAGGGGCGCAGUGGGACGCGAAGCGAGCACAAGAGGAAGAGCACGACAAGUGGUACGGCGAGAAAACUCUGCGGGGGCUUACAACGGUAAGACAUCCGGACGAACCGUGGCGUCCACCCAAUGCGAAUAAUCGGGCGAUACCAGGUCGCGAAAUUGGCUGAUUGUGUGCAAUACCAGCACGGUGAUAGCGAUGUUGGAAAUGCCUGUCGGGAUCGGGAAGAAACAAUGACUGCGUUGAAGAAAAUUAGUUUUACUCGUCUGAAGGUAUCGGAAAGUGUGGUCGAGUAAAAAACGGAGUGGAGUGGAUUUUGAUAGUUGAUACAUCAUCGACAUUGUAUGUAGAUCUUUCCGAAGUCGACGCGCUACAACUACAAUGCCCCGCCGUCGGUCUGUAAGGCUGGUGACUGUUCCUCUCAUCAUACUGGCUUGAAGUAGAAGUUUUCUCGCCAGGGAGAAAUUUCCGUAAAAAUGAUUCGUUCCUCGUUGGACUCAAGACUGCAUUCGUACGUACACGUAGUAUCUGCGGCUUUGGACUUCCUCGUCUCGAAGAAGCCUGUGUCUCUUUUAAGUACAGUGGACUUGUCGUUGUGGUGAUGCUGUCGGACUAAAAUUGAAACCGCAUGCGAAGCUAGUUGUAACAAGAAAUAACAUGAUGAGAAGCUGUACUGGCAUUUGCUUUCUUCAAACUCAUCCACUUUGAUGCCGUAAGGAGAGAUAUUCUCGGUGUAACCGCGUUGCCGAAAUCAAUACGUGACUCGUGAUCAAUGCAAUGUAAUUGCUCUGC